UACUAUUCCUUUUCCGCACCCUUCGAUCCGAUGCCAAGUGGUGACGGGCAAGUCAUUCCGGGCUAUUUGUGCUUACGAGCAGCUCGACAAAAUCGGCCUAUGUUCCUACAGACCGUCGCGGUAGCCGACUCUUCACCCACGGACUUGUCUUCGAACCCCCGUGUGGUGCGGUUGCUCGAUGAAUUCGUCGACAUCUUCGAGUCACCUACCGGUGUGGUGCCGGAUCGACCAAUCUCUCACGACAUCAUUCUUGAGGUCGGUGCAGUGCCGCUGAAAGGUUCUAUUUAUUGCAUGAGCAAGGAGGAGCUUACGGUCCUCCACACGCAACUCGAUGACUUGUUGGACAAGAGCUGGAUUCGCCCUAGUAGCUCCCCAUAUGGAGCGCCAGUUCUCUUCGUAUGGAAGAAGAACAAGGAUCUACGAUCGUGCAUCGACUACCGCAAGCUCAACGCGCAAACCAUCAAGAAUGUGGGGCCUCUUCCUCACAUCGACGAUCUUCUUGAGCGAAUGGGCGGCGCAAAUUAUUUUUCCAAGUUGGAUUUGAAGUCGGGAUACCAUCAGAUUUCGAUCCGGCCAAACGAUCGCUAUAAAUCCGCGUUCAAGACGCGGUAUGGGCAUUUUGAGUGGGUGGUGAUGCCUUUUGGCCUCACCAACGCCUCGACGACAUUUCAAGCGGCAAUGGCCAACGAGUUUCGUGCGAUGUUGGACCGGUUCGUGCUGGUCUACUUAGACGACAUCUCAUCUAUAGCCGGUCAUUGGAGGAUCAUCUUGAGCACCUUCGACGAGUGUUGGAGAUGCUUUGCCGCGCCAAGUACAAAGCCAACCGCGACAAGUGCAAAUUUGAUAGAGGUGAAAUUAGCACAAUCACUGAAGCUUGAUCCAGAAAGGCCUGAAUACCACAGAGUAACCGUGCACUGGGAAGCAAGUGACUCAGAAAGCCAUGGGCGGUUUGUUGCCGAAAGCACAGGAAAGCAGGCCAGCAGUCGGCUACUUAGCGUGAGAUCCACAAAUGCCAUCUUGGAACUGCCUCGCGGUGAUGGGGCAGUCUCAGCUGGUACAUAUGUAUCAGCUCUUGUGAUUGGUGACAUAAGGGAUAUGCCUUGCAGUGAGGAUGUGCAUGCUGGUUUGUCAAAAGGUCUCGCAGGUCAAAAAUGCAGCGAAAAGCAUGGUCGGCAUCAUCAUGGCCAUCAUCAUCGGCGACAUGAUCAUCCCCAUGAGCCAGCAGCAGCCAAUGAGCAAGCAGAACAGUCGGCAUCACAGAGGUCUGGUGAGGAGCAUUCUCGAAGCAACCCCUCAUCAGGAAAUGGAGAAGGGAAGGAAUCGGCCGAUCAUGCUGGAGCUGGGGAAGGUCAAUCAGCAGGUGCUAAACAUCACCACCAUCGGCAUCGACAUCAUCACCACCACCAUCAUCAACCAAACAACAAACAGCAACAUGAGACAAAGCAAGAAAGUUCCAAGGAUAGAGGUAGCAGUGCAAGUGGAGGGGACAGAAGCUGUGGCCAGCAAGAGAAGCUCGCAGACGUGAAUGUACGUGUGGCCGUAUUGACAGUUAGCGACACUGUGGCCGUGCGAAAUGGGCCUGACAGAAGUGGUUCCAGGGCAGCAAAGGCAGUAGCGGAACAGUCUGUGAGACUCGGUGGAGCUGCAGUGGUGGCGAUGGAAGUUGUUCCUGAUGAGAUUGAGAAGAUCCAGGAGACAAUCAAGCGGUGGAGCGAUGAAGAGGAUAUGCACCUCAUUAUCACGACUGGUGGAACCGGCUUCUCUCCACGGGAUGUGACGCCCGAGGCAACAAAGCCACUACUUCAUAGGGAGGCACCUGGCUUCGUCCAAGUUAUGCUGAAUGAGGCGUUGAAGCAGAUUUCCCAAGCCAGUAGUUCAGGUGUUGUCGGGUCAACGGUCGCGCAGACCGUGAGUCAGUCCACUGGCAUUAUGGCAAGCCAGGCCGCGGUGUUAACUCCAGAGGAUGUCACCAUCCAGCAGGCAGCUCUGCAGGAGGCACACCUACAGCGGGCAUUAGGAGAGAUAAAAGCGGAGAAGGAGAAGAUGAUCAGAAGAAGAGCCAGGAUGCAGCGAAGAGUGGCAGACAUAGAGGAGUUAGAGAGGAUGGACCUAACAAACAUGGAUGAUGAUGUGAGGGUAGUUAGGAGGGCUCUGCUAGGCAUUAUAGAGAUGCAGGAGCAUCAAACUACCAUCCUUCAUGACAUUCAACAGAGCCUAGCCGUAUUGGCAGGCCGUGCUCAGGCAACACCAUCACCAGCCGGGCCUGGUGCCUGGCCCGUGUCGUAUCCUCCUUUUUCUGUCCCACCGGUGACAGGGGUAUCCCCAUAUGUUGCCCCUUCAUCGGUUGCUAUUGUUUCCCUGGGCAUGCCGCUGUCAAGAGGGGUAACAACAGGGAGUAGUGUGCAGGUUCCUGUACAGACAGUGUUUACUCAAAGUCCGUUGCAGGUUGCAGUCACCACGCAGCCUGCUGUCUCGCAGCCUGUGCAGCCUCAGGGCAUGCAGCCCCAGCAGCUAGCACAGCAACCUGUGUCACCGGGUCCACAGCCCGGAGUGAUGCAGGGACCGGGACAAACUCAAUGGGUUCCAAUGACGGCCAUAGCGACUCCCAAACCCUUCACAAGGGAUAAGAGGGGCGAAGACCUGGACACGUGGUUGAGGGCAGUGCCGGUCUACGUAAGGUGUAAACUCACCUUGCCGCACGAAGAAGUGCUUGUGGCAGCUUCCUACCUAGAGGGUAGUGCAGCAAGAUGGUUGAGUGGUUUAGUGCAGAUCCAGGGAUAUGGUCAUGACUUCCGCGCUUGGGCAGCCACCCAGAAAUUGGAUGACUUCCUGAAGAUGGUGGACGAGAGGUGGCACGAUCCUCAGGAGGCCCAAAGGGCCACUGAUGCGAUCCUGACACUGCACACGAGGCAGUUUAAGUCAGUCCUGUUGACGUCGUACUUGAGAUGCUUUUCUCAGACUCUCAGGAACCAGUUGGCAAAAGAGGCCAACAUCAAUAUGCACAACUUCCCUUCGUUUAGCAAGGUGGCCCUAGACCUAGAAGCAAAGAUAGGGCAUGGACAGGCACCCAGUACGGACGGGAGGAAGAAGACACUGCCUCCUAACUGGAAGGCGAAAGGUCGCUUGAUGUUUGUCGACAACGAUGGUUCAACCAUCGAGGUGGACGGCAACUUCCAAGAGGGAGUAGGUUUAGAGGCAGGCAGCAUAGAUGCUUCAGAGGGUAGAGUAGUCGCUGCCAUAUCGCAAAAAGGUCAGGCGACCGGUAGACGCCGCGGAGGCUCCCAGUCUAGGAGUCAAGUUGACCCCAAUGCUCCUUCAUGGGAGAAAGCGGGUCUUACAGAGGACGUGUGGAGAGACCGUUACUCACGGAAGGCCUGUAUUCGUUGUGGUCAAUAUGGCCACAGCCAAUUCAAGUGUCGCAACAAGAAAGUGAUGGAAAUGAUCCCGCCUACGAUGGGGCAAGUGCUGGGAUCCUCUCAUCCCGUGGGUAGCAACGUUGCCAGUACUUCAGGCAGUGCUCCGGGAAACACGUCGGGCCAGUAGGAAUUGUAGCUGUUCCUGCUAGGGUCGAGGUGGUGGAGACACCCUCACCAUC